UGCUUGGAGACAGUCAGACUCGCCAGCGCCCAAUGGCCUGUGGCACCAGGACCCAAGCACCCACUGGUUCCUGCCUGUGCAGACGCCAGAUCCGGGCAGGACAGGAAGUACAAACGGAGAAUGUGACAGUGGCCGAGGGUGGGGUGGCCGAGAUAACCUGCCGUCUGCACCAGUACGAUGGGUCCAUAGUUGUCAUUCAGAACCCAGCCCGGCAGACCCUCUUCUUCAACGGCACCCGAGCCUUGAAGGACGAGCGUUUCCAGCUUGAGGAGUUCUCCCCGCGCCGGGUGCGGAUCCGGCUCUCAGAUGCCCGCCUGGAGGACGAGGGGGGCUAUUUCUGCCAGCUCUACACGGAGGAUACCCACCACCAGAUUGCCACGCUCACUGUACUGGUGGCCCCCGAGAAUCCGGUGGUGGAGGUCCGGGAGCAGGCGGUGGAGGGCGGCGAGGUGGAGCUCAGCUGCCUCGUGCCGCGAUCCCGCCCGGCUGCCACCCUGCGCUGGUACCGGGACCGCAAGGAGCUGAAAGGAGUGAGCAGCGGCCAGGAAAAUGGCAAGGUCUGGAGCGUGGCGAGCACAGUGCGGUUUCGCGUGGACCGCAAGGACGACGGCGGUAUCGUCAUCUGCGAGGCGCAGAACCAGGCGCUGCCCUCCGGCCACAGCAAGCAGACGCAGUACGUGCUCGACGUGCAGUACUCCCCCACGGCCCGGAUCCAUGCCUCCCAAGCUGUGGUGAGGGAGGGAGACACGCUGGUGCUGACGUGUGCUGUAACGGGGAACCCCAGGCCAAACCAGAUCCGCUGGAAUCGCGGGAAUGAGUCUUUGCCGGAGCGGGCCGAGGCGGUCGGGGAAACGCUGACGCUGCCCGGCCUGGUCUCAGCGGAUAAUGGCACCUACACCUGCGAGACGUCGAACAAGCACGGCCACGCGAGGGCGCUCUAUGUGCUCGUGGUCUAUGACCCCGGUGCGGUGGUAGAGGCUCAGACGUCGGUGCCCUACGCCAUCGUGGGCGGCAUCCUGGCGCUACUGGUGUUUCUGAUCAUCUGUGUGCUGGUGGGCAUGGUCUGGUGCUCGGUACGGCAGAAGGGCUCCUAUCUGACCCAUGAGGCCAGUGGCCUGGAUGAGCAGGGAGAAGCAAGAGAAGCCUUUCUCAAUGGCAGUGACGGACACAAGAGGAAAGAAGAAUUCUUCAUCUGACCCCACCUCCACCCUAGGCGUGGGCCUGGGCUGGGGUCCACCCCACUGCCAGCUGCAAAGACAUUUACCAGAGUCUGGGAUGGUGGGCUUCCCCCACCACUAACACCUCAGACACUUGGGCAGGGAUGGGGGUGUCAGAAGCCUGAGGCUCUGCAAGGGCCAGAAGCAACGGCCCAGAGGUCUGGGUCCCCCAGGGGGUAGGGCCCAAAGGUCCAGACCCCCCAAGUCCAGGGAGGGUGGUAGGGAUUGGGUUGGGGGAAAAUAACUGGGGGAAGGCCAGGGCCCCUAGGCUGCAGAACCAGGUCUUGUGGGAGGGGAUCAGAUUCUGGGAAGGGCAGGGUGGGCAGGGAAGGGGAAUGCAGAUUUCUUUGGGGGUCCCAGACCCCAUGCCAGCCAUUGUAGGAGUUCCACAGAGCUCUGGGCACCUCUUUGCAAAGCCAUGUUUGCACGGUGGGGGUAAGGGUGGGGGGAGGGCGUGGAAACAGGGAUUCUGUGUCUUUGUGUCAUAACUUUGAUGGGAGCGGUGAGGGAGACAGCCCCGACACUUUUCUCCAAUUCCCCUCCCCCCCCAGUUCCUGGGCUCCCCUUCCCUUCUCCCCCUCCCCCUACAUCAGUCCCACCCAUUUUUGUCUCUGUCCACCCACUCCUGGGGGGGCCUUCCCCAUCUCUCCUCCAGGCCCCCCGGGGAGGGGGAAAGGAGUUUGGGUGGGUGGGUUGGUCUCUAUGGUUUUAUAUAUAAUAUAUUAAAAAAAAUCAAAAAUCUGUAUGAAAAUAUCAGAUUGUGCCCCCCCAUUCCUAGCUUUUGCCCCUUUUUCUUGUUUAAAAAAAAAAGCAAACACAUUUUGUAUGGGGCCGGGAGGGGAACGGGGAGGGGGUUUGGCAAUCCCACUAACCACCAUUAA